CGAGCCUUAUAAAGGCUGCGGCCGGCGAGGCAGGCGGUGGCAGAGGUUCCUGCAGCGGUAGCUGGCAGUGGGGUGGGGAGCAGUUCUGCGCCCCUCGGACCCGACCCUUUCAGCGCUCUGCUCCCGCUCCAGCCUACCUCGCUCCUCGGCACCAUGACCACCACCACCACCUUCAAGGGAGUCGAUCCCAACAGCAGGAAUAGCUCCCGGGUUUUGCGGCCUCCAGGCGGUGGAUCCAAUUUUUCAUUAGGCUUUGAUGAACCAACAGAACAGCCUGUGAGGAGGAACAAAAUGGCAUCUAGCAUCUUCGGGACACCUGAGGAAAAUCCUCCUUCCUGGGCCAAGUCGGCAGGUGCCAAGUCUAGUGGUGGCCGACAGGAUUCUGAGUCAUCUGGACCCCAGAGAAGGAACUCUUCUGAAGCGAACGCUGGAGACUUCUUAGAUCUGAAGGGAGAAGGCGACAUUCAUGAAAACGUGGACACAGACUUGCAGGCCAGCCUGGGGCAGAGCGAGGAGAAGCCUGUGCCCGCUGCCCCUGUGCCCAGUCCAGUGGCUCCGGCCCCAGUGCCAUCCCGAAGAAAUCCCCCUGGUGGCAAGUCCAGCCUCGUCCUGGGUUAGCUCCGAUUCUCUUGAACUCUUGUCGUUUUGUUUGUUUUUGUUUCCUCCAUGCUUGUGAACUGCACAACUUGAGCCUGACUGUACAUCUUUUGGAUUUGUUUCAUUAAAAAAGAAGCACUUUA